AUGGUUCUGCACCUGUCCGGGCUCGCAAUGCACUGUGGCAGCGUUGAUGAUGAGGAUACUUGCAAACCGCUUGAUCUCAGAGAACAGCGGACAAAUGUCGACAUCCGAGAGAUCAACUUUCAGGGCCUGGCGGCUCUGAGGCCGAGAUCGUGGGAGGGCACGAUGCAGCAGGAUGAGUUGGAAACGCCCCGAUACAAAAGAGAGGACGGGAUUGUGCUCUUGCAGGGCUCUUUUGAUGCAGCAGUCUUCGGGUUCGAGAAGCAGACCAUCGCAUUCUUGCCGGAGGGCGUCCGCCCAUGGCGGACAGUCCGCUGCCUGGCGCCAUUGCUGAAGAGGCGGCCCAACCAAAAUGGAGAGCAAGACAUCGCUUCCGAGCUCAUCGCAGAUGAGUCCUUGGCAGUGACUAUUCACACAAACGGACACAUCUGUGUCGAAGGAGGCAACAUUCAUUCCCUGGAUAAAAAAGGCCGCAUGCGAGUCGUGCCGCAGAAAAAGCGUGGCUGGCUUUACUUGGAUGGUGUUCGCUUCAUCCUUGCCAAAGGUGAACCAAUCGAGGUUUCUGCCGCCCUGGCAGAAGAGAAAGAGCGGAAAGUUUCUACACUUUUCGCUGAUGAUGAUGACGAUGCCGUGUCCUACAGGCAAGGCAGUAUCGUGUGUCUUGAAGGGGUUUUGCACUGGCCCACCACAAAAGCCACACCACACGUACGCAGAGCCCUUGGCUUUCUUCCUAGAGGCCACUGGCCGGAGCGUCGCGAGGUCUUCUUCACGCGUGGCCAUACUUUCGAGGAGGAAGAGCGAUGCAGGGUGGACAUCGACCGCUACGGCCGCGUGUUCUGCCCAGAAGGUGGGGCCGAAAAUGGCAGAGUGAACCUGAGUGGAAUCAUCUUCAAGGCUGCGGAUCCAGACACUACGCCGGCAACAAGCCCACAGUCCCAAGAUUGGGAUGAGCUUUCAAUUCAAUAUUGCAAUGCGAAACAAGAUGCUGACCACGGCUACAAGCUGCUGGAAGCUUUCAUCCAGACCUGCACGAAGAAGGAAUGGACCUACAUCGAGCACACGAUCUCACAGCAGGUCACUGGACGCAAGCUUCAAACUCCAUGGGGCCAGGGAAUCGCGCCAAGGGGUGUUCAAAGGAUCAACGAGCAUGACCUCGAUGAGGAUAUGAGAUUUCUCUGGGAUAAGAAGAUCCGCAAGGUCGUGGAUGAUAAGCUGGGCAUCAAGAGCCCACAUAUGCUGUUCCAGCUCUCCUUGCCAAAGCUGCAGUUGGUUUGUGAUCUUCUGCGCAAGGAGCAAGUGGGUUUGAAGGACAGGGAGCUGGCCAGCCUCAAGAACAUGCACGAACGGCUGUCGGAAGUCUGGGAAAUCUCAAAGCACGGCGACCUCCACUUUAAGCUCCUGAGAGACACGGCGGUGGAGAUUGUCGAUCAAAUGGUUACGAGGAUCAGACAUUUGUAUCCAGAGCGCUUGCGUGGGGACGUUGCCAAGAAGGUUCAUGCGAUGAGCAGCGACGACAAGGCGAAGUAUGAGGAGAUCUAUCAGUUCUUUAGAAACUUCGAGACGAACGGAAACACAAUGACCCACUGCAGCCUCAUGGGCACGACUGAUACCUUCACUGCUACGGGCAAGUGGCAUUUUCCUGACACCUCAAGCGUGCAGAAGCAGCUGUUUGAAAGCAUUGCAUGGCUCUUCGAAAGAGACAUCCACCAUUACAUCUCCGAACGCCAGACAUCGGUGUUUCCAUUCAUUGAGGAUUUCGACAUUGAGGCAGAGGAUGGCUACUGCGAGAAAGACCCUGCAACUGGUCACUCACCUCCUCCGGACGAGGACAUCAUGUACAAGCCAGGGAAGAACAACGGAGACCCCGGGGAGCUCAUACGCUGGCGUGCCAAGGCCAUCCAUCACUUGUUCCCGCAGCUGGCACAGUUGCGAUGCUUGGUCUACUCUGCAUCAGGCUACAACAGGGGCAAGGAGCGGCUAAAGACGUCUUUCCAUUUGGUGUGGCCCGAACUGAUCGUUGAGCCAGGCACGGCCGGGCUUUUACGUGAAGUGACUUUGGAGCUCUUUGACGAAGAGACCAAAAAAGAAGGAUCAUUUCUGCAAAAACUGCAGAAAAAACUGAUGGGCUUCUACAAGUCAAACGAUUGGUUUAAUGUCUUCGACAAGACGACAAUCAGUGCCACGAAUGGUCUGCGACUCCCAUAUAACGACAAAGUAUCGUCAGUUUACCGAGCCUCGGAAGAGAAGGCGAAGGUUGAGAGAGGGGAAAUGGCGAAAGGCAAGGCAGCCAAGAAGCGCGUCAAAGAGAACCGCUAUUCAAAGGCGGUCGGAGAGCUGUUGUUCACCUUCGAAGCGGAUGUGGCAACCGGCGGUCAGGAAGACAAGAUCGUUUCUGCGAGGUGGCAGAACACUGACAGCAGAAGUAUUGCUCAGUGGAUUCAGAUGGGAUCCUGCCGCCUGGACAUGUCCGACCCGGAGAGGACGCAGCCGACGCAGGUAUGUCCCACCAGAGAGGGCAAGCGCCUCCUUCGUAAACUGAAGAGGAAGCGCGAGAGUGAUGGAUUCGAUUUCGAACUGGAGAUAAGUUCGGAUGAGGAGGGUUACGCAUUGAAGACCCCUCAUCCAAGCGUACGGCGGUGCAAGCUGCCGACUCUGGAGUUCGUGAAGCUGUUUGACGAGCAGCUGGAGGGCGAGGUAGACGACUUGGAGUUGGAUCAAGAGGAUGGCAACAAGGAGCUUGCCAAGGUGCUCAAAGGAUCGUGGAUCAGCGUUACCCCGGAUCAAGCACUGUGGAGAGGGCCUGCCAGUGAGCAAAGCAAAGCCAAGUGUCUCGGCUGGAUGCCGAGUUGGUUUAACAACCAGGAUGUGGGAAAGAUUUUCGUGGAUGGCCCGACAAGAACGAAGCAGUUCAUUCUAGACAUUUUAAGUGGCUCUGAGCCAAGCAAGCCGCAGCUCGCCUCCCAGCUUGAGACAAGAAUGGGCCAGAAGUUCUACGCAAAUACAGCUGACACUGCUGAAACAACGGAUGAUUGUGGUGACCCGGCCCCUGACGAUAAAGAGGAUGAAGACGCACGGUGUGACCUCCCAUCCUGUUACAUCCAGGAUGCGGGUAGGCUUCAUCCAGUGAUGCAACAGAUGGAGGAUGCAGAGCUGUGCGAAUCGACAGAUUCGAGCAGCUCCCAGCUGAAAGAACAGCUCAAGGAACUGAAGCGCGAUGCCGAAGCAAAGCAGCAAGAGCUGGAGAAACAAAAGGAGCAGUCCUCCAGGCUUGCCAAAGACCUGCAAGCCCAGCUGGCUGCAGUUUCAGAGGGCAAAGAGAAGCCGAAGGCUGACGAGCUCUCCAGGCCCUCUGGUAGGUCCGAAGAUCUCCCAGAAGCGGAGAAGGAAACUGGGGAGUCCAGCGCGGAGCUCCGGAAGCAACUGGAGGAACUGAAGCAGACUGCCGAAGCACAACGGCAAGAGCUCGAAAAGCAAAAGCAGGAGUCAUCCAGGUGCAUACAAGAUCUACAAGCACAGCUGGCUUCAGUCGCAGAGAGUGCCAAGGAGAAGCAGAAGGCUGAUGAGGAAACCUCCAGGACCAAAGACGUCACGGAAGCGGAGAAGGAAUCUGGGGAGUCCAGCGCGGAGCUCCGGAAGCAACUGGAGGAACUGAAGCAGACUGCCGAAGCACAACGGCAAGAGCUCGAAAAGCAAAAGCAGGAGUCAUCCAGGUGCAUACAAGAUCUACAAGCACAGCUGGCUUCAGUCGCAGAGAGUGCCAAGGAGAAGCAGAAGGCUGAUGAGGAAACCUCCAGGACCAAAGACGUCACGGAAGCGGAGAAG